AUCCCCUCGCUAUCGGUCUCACUUCACUCACCAUCGUAGAUUACCAUACAUCGAUCAAUCCCUUCACCUAAAGACGCAACAUCGCCAGUCCUCGCCUUCAUGCCGUCGCACAAACACUGGGACUGACACUGGCAUGACAUGAGUCUCAAUCUACCGCAACGUAUCACCUUUCGUAGAAGCUACAGAGGCCGUCACUAUGCCUGCUCAGCACUUCCUCGCGUCGACAAAGGUGAGUACCAACGAGGAUGGCAACGACAGCGAGCAGUCAUUUCUUCCUCGCGUUCUGAGAGUCUCACAUACACUCUGACCGCUUCGUCCAUCUCUCCUCCACGCACGCCACCCCCUGCCCUCUCAGAGGCAUCGUCAUGGAACCACUACCACAUUCACCUCACACUAUGUACAAUCUGGUUGUUUACAGCGCCAGCGCCGCGCAGAGCAGAGCCUCAUACAGGAGCAAUCCUGAGGAUGCUCCGCCCACCGCGGCAAGGCUUGCUGAGCUUGCAAAGCUCUACAAAGCCCAGAGGGAGGAGGAAGAGGGCAGGGCGAGGGAGAAGGAGAGCGAGAGGGACCCUCGGGCAAGCCUUCGUCGCUGAAACGCAAAGCCUCUACGCAACCGGCUGGGCAGGACUUGCCUGCUCGCAAAGCAGCAGCUGCAAAGGCCGCAAAAGAGGUCGCAAAGCUGCGCACAGAGCUGGCAAGGGCCGAGAAGGAUCUGGCAGCCAGACCUUCUCACCGGGGACUGUUGGCGGAGAGGGACCGGGUGGCAGCCCUGUUGGAGGCUGCGCAGAAAGAGGGGAGAGGGGCGGGACAGGCUUCGACAACGGCUCAAACGCCGCAAAGCCUGGCGAGGGAUGAGUGGGUGUACAUCCUGGAGAAGCGGGCUGCGGAGCGCCUCAAGGAGCCAAAAGUCAAGGACAAAGUCAAGGACAAGGUCAAGGACGCUGUUCCCUUCGACCCUCUGGAGCGCCAGAAGCUGGGCAAGCGGCUUCCUCUACGCUUUCGACUCUCCCUUC